UCGCCUCCAAACUACGAAUCAUGGACAAAAGAACAGCUCAUCGCGCGUCUGACGCAGCUCGAGUCUUCUCAGCAGAGCAAGGCGAUCCUUCAUCGCGCCGCUGCGUCUGCGUCUGCUAAGCCACCGAAAAUAUUCCGCUUUGCGGCGCAUCCGCAACGAAAAAUUGCGCUGCGCUUCACAUACGCGGGGUGGGAGUACAACGGGCUUUCAUGGCAGGACGGGCCGACGCCCCUUCCGACCGUCGAGCGCGUCUUGUUCGACGUGCUGGCGUCGACGAGACUUAUUGACGCCGAUGGUGGGCUUGAGGGCUGUGGAUGGGAGCGAUGCGGGAGGACGGAUAAGGGUGUCAGCGCUGCAGGGCAGGUCAUCAGCUUGUGGGUGCGUAAGCUACGCUAUGUCUCGAUGCUGAACCGCCUCCUCCCACCAAGUAUCCGUGUGCUCGCCUGGUCCCCUGUCGCCGCUUCCUUCUCCGCGCGCUUCAAUUGUCGCUUCCGACACUACAAGUACUUUUUCUCUGGCAAGGGGCUCGACAUCGACGCGAUGCGUGAAGGGGCCGUACGUCUCGUUGGCGAGCACGAUUUCCGCAAUCUGUGCAAGCUCGACCCGACGAAGCAAAUCACGAACUUCAAACGACGCGUCCGGCGCGCAGAAAUUAGCGCACUGGCUGGUUCGACGGAGGAUCUGUACGUAUUCGACCUCGUCGGAACCGCGUUCCUUUAUCACCAGGUGCGGCACAUCAUGGCGGUUCUGCUGCUCGUCGGUACAGGACUGGAGCGCCCCUCGCUCGUCACUGCGCUGCUGAACGUGGACCCGGAACACCCAUAUCCGCCUUUCAGAGAGGGCGAAGAGGCGCCGCCAGUCGUGCAGUGCAAGCCAGAAUAUCAAAUGACGGACGGGCUGCCAUUAAUGCUGUGGGAAUGCGGUUUCGCGGACGAAGACCUUGAUUGGCGAACGGACACCGAGGUAGAUUCGGACGAGACGAGCGGGGAAGGUUCAAAAGAUGCGACACAGAUGCGGCUGGGCUUAGCCAACCAGCUGGAAUCUAUCCUUGAGCGCUCCCAUAUCCACGUCGCGCUUGACACGCACUUCCUCGCCGCGGCCGCCUCCAUUCACUCAUCUGCGCCGAGUCCAUUUCCGCUCCGGCCAGGCACGCGCCCGAGCGGGAUGCUCAACGUACCAUUAGGUGGCGGAACGUUCUAUAGGUCUGGCCGGUAUGUACCCGUGGUGGAACGGAAACGGCUGGACAGCGUCGAGAUCGCGAACGAGCGAUGGAUGAAAGGCAAAGGAGGACGAAAGGAGGAACGGAAGAGGCGGCUUGCAGCGGGUGGCGUCGCACGGGCGGAUGGAGAU